CUCACUGACUCUGGUUCUCUCUCUCUCUCUCUCUCUCUCUCUCUCUCUCUCUAUCCAUCUGUCUAUCUAUCUAUCUCUAUCUCUGUCUUUCAAAAUGACAGUUCUCAGUACAACUAUUGGUAUCAUAUUCUUUUUACUUCACUCUUCUUCUGGAGAAAGUGGCUUCGGACAGGAUGAUGAAUUUGAAGAUGAGGAACAAGAUGAUUAUGAAUUCACUUGCUAUAGCCAAUUGCAAGUCCAUGGCCAGCAGCACACUCUGACUUGUUCUUUCAAUGACUCGUCACUCAACAGCACCAAUUUGGGGCUCAAGCUAUGUGGCGCAUUCAUGUCCAACACACAAUGUGAGAUGAUGACGAAAAGAGAAAAGGAUUAUUUUAUGAAAUCAAGAUCAUUUUCACUGAUUAAUAUUUGUGAGUUGUGCGUGAUACUUGGAAAAAGUAAGGUGAAUUGCAAAACACUGAAGAUAACCAAAAUAGUUAAGCCUGAAGCUCCUUUUGACAUAAAUAUCACCUACCGAGAGGCAGCAAAUGACUUUGUGCUCACAUUCAAUACAACACACUUAUGGAAUGACUAUGUAAAAGAUUUAAUCCAUGAUAUAGCCUACCACCAAGAAAAUAGUAAAAGCAACUGGAUGCACAUAAGUUCAGACUAUCCUCUUGUAACACUUCUGGAGAGAAAGCUACAACCAAAUUCAACAUAUGAGGUUAAAGUACGGUCACUUCCCGGUGGAACCUAUUUUGCAGGGUCCUGGAGUGAUUGGAGCCCCAGUGUCUACUUCAGGACACCAUUGAGACCUAAAGCAGAGGAGCUGGAUUAUGUCAUGCUCAUCAUCAUCACUCUGAGCUUCUUUUCUGGGAUUCUGGGGAUUGUUGUGAUCUGUUUGCUAUGGGAAAAAAGAAUUAAACCUGUUUUGUGGCCCAACCUCCCUGACCACAAGACGACUUUGGAACAGCUAUGUAGAAAACCACAAAAGAAUUUCAACAUCAGCUUCAAUCCAGAAAGUUUCCUGGACUAUCCAAUUCAUAAAGUGGAUGGCAUUCAAGCCAAAGAAGAGGUAGAAGGUUUUCUGCAAGUCCCACUGCCCCGAGACAUCAAUGUCACAGAGAAGAUUGGGCUCAGCCCUGACUGGCCAUCUGAGAAUAACGUCAUCCCACCAGUGGCUUAUGGAGGGAACUCACCCCCAGCUUGCCUGCGUGGGAACUUCAAUACAUGUGACCUUUCUAUGGUCAUGGCCUCAAAGUCACCCAACCAUCAGGAGAAUAGCAAAAGUGAAGCUCAUUUCCAUGGGGGCCUACUCCUUAGCUCCGACUCCAGAAACAGUGCCUUGACAUUCCCUUUUCCACUCAGACUAGGAGUCUUGGCUCCAAAUCCAACUGCCCAAGGACAACCCAUCAAUGCAAACCUGAGGUUAAGUCAAGAAGAAGCAUAUGUCACUAUGUCCAGCUUCUACCAAAACAAGUGAACCUCAAGAAAUCCAUGAUUUGGAGCAUCAUAGCCAACAAAGACAACAGAAGGGGCUGCUUGAAGACCCUAUUUUCCAUCCUGAAUCCAAUCUCUGAUAAUAACUCAACAUAAAAAAAGAAAAAGCAACUUUUCUAUUUGUAAUGCAUCUACAUAUAUUAAAUUUUGGAAUACCUCUUUGACCAUUCCCUAGUUAAGUGAUGUUCCUUCUAACAAGAUUAGAGUGCCCUUACUUCCAUUGUUAUUGAUUUCAAAAACAAAUUAUCAAGCUAUUCAAUUCUUUGAAAAUGAAAGAGGAAGAGAAAAGGAGGAAGGGGAGAGGGAAGGAUGAAAAGAAAGAUGAGGAGAGAGGAAAAUAAGAAAGAAGGAAUGAAGAAAAUGAGGGACGAGUGAUGGAUGAGACCCACAAGUAUAAACCUAGUAUAUACUCUCCUAAUCAGAAGUUGGCAAUGUGGGCAUAGAAAUGGAAACUGCCAAAGACAUUGUACCAAUCUGGCUUUUCUCCCAGCUGCUCUGAACUACCUGUUGCACACCAUUUUAUAGUUUAUCAUUUACCACAGACAGUUUCUGGCAGUGGAGAUACUCAAGCCAGGCAUUUCAUAUCUUGGGGAAUACUCUAGUUCUGAGAAAAGAGGGAAAUGAGCUUUUUUUCUGGUUGUCAAGAAUCAUGUCUACAAAGUCUGAAGAUACAAAAUGCAAAUAACUUUUGAGAUUGAAACAUGGAAUCACCAAAUCUUAGCUUUGAAAGGGACCUUAAUAAUCAUCUAAGUCAAACAUUCACCCAAUUCUCUACAGUUUGAGGAAAUCACUAUCUCACUAUCUACAUUCCAUUUGGGGGCAAAACAAAACCUCUUCUAUUUUUCUAUAACAGUCUUCAACUUGAAUUAUUGGUGGUAGAAAAAAAUAACAAUUUCUGGUUUACCAAGACUAUGGGGUUCACUGUGACCUGCCAUUAUCAAAGUUUGUAGUCAUUAUUGGUUCUUGGAAGAAAUCUCAUUGCUUACCCUGGAUGUCAGGACAUUUCAGUACAUGGAGUAGAAGAAUAAACUUUCAUAUUAGCA